ACAGCUUUUUUUGUUACAGGCGGUGAAGUACCAGAAACGUUCAAUGGAAGUCAAAUGUAGUUUCCUCUCAGUCUCAGAUGGUAUAUUAACAGCGAAUUUCAUAUUUGCUUCUUAAUUGCUCUAAGUUUUACAGACGCAUUUGUAAGCUCGACACUCGAGACGCUUUGCAGCUGUUUAACCUCUAACUCGAAGAAUACUGUCACUUGCUCCAGAACCAGAGAAAAUGAAAUUGGCAUUGGUGAUCGCGUCUCUGAUAGCUGCACUGGGAUUCGCUCCAUCGGCAAGGGCUUAUGUCCCUUAUGUACUGAAACACAAAGGGCUGGAACCAUGGGGACACGACGUCGUUGUGAUGCCAAUAAAAGAGAAAACCCUGCAAGGGGAGGACGUUGAGAUUUCAUUACCGGAGGAAGACAAUAAUUAUUUACUUACACCGGUAAUCGUUGCGGACGAGCCAAAAUCCCGAGUUCGGAGACAGGUCACAGUGGAUUUGUCUCGCGACAGUGUGUCCGCCCAGGCACAGGGCAACUUGUGGAGGAGAGGUCCCCACUCACUGGACGGGAAUGUCCACUGGUCGCAAACGUUCGGUGGUCCAAGAGGGACAAAUCAUCCCUCCUACGGCGGAGGACUGACAUACUCUCGAUCCAACAGGGUAAGUGCCGUCACUCACCACAGACCAUCCGGCACCAAAGUUUCAGCCCAAGUUCAGGGUAAUCUCUGGAGGGGCAGCAGUGGACGCUCAACACUCGACGCUAAUGCUGGAUGGUCAAGAUCUUUCGGUGGUCCUUGGGGUGCAUCCCGACCAAAUUUUGGCGGUGGGAUUAGCUUCAGACACAGGUUUUGAAGGAAAGUAUUGUCGAGAUGCACGUCAUUCACGAAUAAGAACUUUUCAGAGGGCAGCGGAUUGUAUUUUAUGUAAUACCAGAAUUGGUUUCAUUUGUUUUAAUAACAGGGGAAUGAACUUAAGGUCUUUAAGACUUUAUUUUCGUAACUAGAAAGAUCUUUCUCCUGAAGGGAGGCAAGCCCAUAAAAUUUACCGACUCGUUCAGAUCAUUACUAUAAAUCAAGGCAUCUAACUGCUAUUGUAAACUUCUCUUCGACUGUCAACAUGGUAGCAGAACCCAAAAUUAAUAUCUAAACCCGAUAUUCGACAAGAUCUUGAACACCUUCCUCACAAACAAUACAUCAAUAAAUAAUUUUAAUAUUAUCUCCUCAAACUCAAUUUUUUUAGAGUUUUUCCCCGUCAAAAUUCCAUAAGUAUUUCUAGUUUUGAUCGCUCGAGCUGCAUUUUUCCUCAGAUAACAGAGAUCAUACGUUCAUACGUCUCAAUAGAUUAUGAAAAUAUGGUCUAAUUUUUUUUUUAGUAAUCUUUAAUGCAAAUUACUGUAUUUGUGUCUAUUAUCGCUGGAAAUAUAAGUAGAAAAUUGUUUAAAAUAUGAAAAUAAAUUAUUGGGUGAAUACGAACUUCAUCGCCAAAUACUGUUAGCCAUAAGAACAGUUCAUGUUCAUAGUAAAUAUAACUAGUGUUCGGGUAAUAAAAUACUUACAAUGUCAUUUAUACAUGCUAGCUAACUAUACAAAGGUUUCUGAUAAAUGAAUUUGCGUUACACGUG